AUGCGACUGCUCAACGUAAAGACUUACGAGCUCAAAGAGCUCAAAGACAUCGGACCAAACACCGAAUAUGCAAUACUCUCCCACCGCUGGUACACAGAGGAGAUAACAUUCCAAACCCUAAGUGCCGCUCAACUGAAGAACAUUGAAGAACAAUCGCCGCAGCUGGACAAAAUCAGAGGUGCCUGCGCGCGAGCGGAAGAAAAAAAGUUGGAUUGGAUCUGGAUUGACUCUUGCUGCAUCAACAGAGACAGCUCUCAGGAGCUGCAAGAAUCAAUCAACUCAAUGUUCCGGUGGUAUCAACAAGCUAGGGUCUGCUACACCUAUCUUUCAGACGUCGAGAUUUCAACCCCGAGUGCCGAUCUGUUUGACCGGCUAGAGACCGAGGGUCAGCGCGGGGGACGGCCUUCGGAAUGGUUUGAGCGCGGCUGGACGUUGCAAGAGCUGCUUGCACCGCGCGAGAUGGAAUUCUUCGACAGGCAUUGGCAACCCAUGGGGACGAGAGCUGAGCUGACGGCCGACAUCUCACGUAUCACCGGCAUUGAGGCCCGGUAUCUGACUGGUACAGAGGAGUUUCGAAAUGCCAGCAUUGCAACGAGACUGAGUUGGCAAGUCGGCAGACGCACGAGCAAAGAGGAAGACAUUGCGUACAGCCUCGCCGGUCUCUUCGGGAUCCAGUUCAUGACGUCGUAUACAGAGGGCAUAUAUGAAGCAUUCCAACAUCUGCAGCGAAAAAUAAUCAGCCGUCCGUCGUUCGACGAGUCUCUCUUCGCUUGGACAGCACCUGCGGGAAGUCUACCUCCCCACAAUCGUUCUUGGGCGGCAGAUCAGUGGGGUCUUUUGGCGCCUUCUAUUGAUUGCUUCGAGAAAUCUGGCGACAUAACCGUCGAUGGACCAUCGAAGAGGCGUCCUCCUAGCGGCAUCACAACCACAUCAGAGGGUGUGAAGUUCCCAAUGCCAAUAAAAGACUUGCAAACGACCCCCCAAUGGCCGUACUGGGCCUCGAUCCCCACCGUCAUUGGACCAUAUAUGUGGCUCGUAGUGAAGUAUUGGCGACAUUUAUGUCGCCAAUACUUCCCUCUCACGCUGAAUUGCUGGCGCAAGAAUGAGGCCGGCCAGCUCAAAGCCGUACGAGUCUUUCUCCUUCGAGAUACAAGCGACCUGGAGUGGAGGCGAGGCAGGUGUGCGGAGCUAGGAUCCGCGAACAAGGUGCCGAGCACCAGGCCGUACGUCGAUGUUUUGAUUCUUCAACCAGCUGGUGUCAGGGAUCCUUUCAAACCACAGGCAUUACUUCUCCAAAAAUGA